CCCCUGAUGUUCCGCUGCUCGCUCGGCCUGGCCUGAACGAGCCCCUGGGCGCGAGACGAGCAGGCGGCGCAAACCGCAAAGCCAUUCCGACGGCUUCCCUCCAACUGUAGCACGUCGCGCGCCGCCGGCUACUCGCCCCCGACGACGGACUCGGUGGCGCGGCGCGACCGUCCACACAGCCAGCCAGUCAGCCGGCGGGAAGCAUUGCGGGUGCGGCCACCGGACGCCACUCGCCAAAUCCCCAAUCCCGCCUCGGCCGUGCCGUAUCAAAGAUUUAGAGGUUCAGCGGGACUGUGAGAAAUGAAGAAAAACAUGGAUUUGAAAACGUUGUGGGAUAGAGCUUCCAAGAAAAGCAAGAUUGCCUCCACCUCGACGCCGAAACCCGCACCGAUUGGAGUUGAAAGCCGGUCUCGGAACCAAGGCAACCCUUCCCCAUCAGAUGGGCUGCAGGUGGUACCGAAGGAUGAUGAAUCUGGUGACGACGAGUCCAUUGCUUCAAACGCUAAACAGUUGCAGGCCGAGGCCGAGGCUCUAUAUCUGUCCCGUUUGAAAACUUCAGUCCAGUGCCUGAGGUUCAUCUUGCAGCAAGGCUUGCCAGUCCAUGGACAUCUUGAAAAUGAAGGUAAUGCAGGGAAUUUUCUUGAGCUUGUGGAUUGGCUGGCAGAGAGUGUUGAAGGAGUUAAAAGGGUGGGUCUGAAGGAUGCUCCGAGAAGCAGCGAGCUGUUGGACCAAAAGGCACAGGAGCAACUCAUCAACGCUUGUGCCCAAGAAACUACUAGGCUCAUCAUUGAAGACCUUGGUGAUGGUUAUUUCGCGGUGCUUGUUUAUGAAUCUCGCGAUAUGGAACAACAGGAACAAUUGGCCCUUUGCCUGCGUUAUGUUGGUACAAAAGGAAUGGCCGUGGAAAGGUUCCUCGGCAUCGUCGGAGUUGAAGACACUACCCCUUUGACAAUUAAAACAGCAAUUCAGAAUCUGCUUACGGCAUACCCCUUUGACAAUUAAAACAGCAAUUCAGAAUCUGCUUACGGCACACUCUUUGAGCUUUUCUAGGGUCCGUGGGCUGGGAUAUGAUGGUGCUUGUGCCAUGAAGGGUUAUCAUAAUGCUUUGAAGAAAAUAAUUGUGGACGAGUCCCCUUCUGCUUAUUAUGUCCAUUGCUUUGCCCAUCAACUUCAGGUAAAUAUGGUUGCUGUUGCUAAGCAGAAUGUUCAUGGUGGUUGGUUCUUUUAUCACCUUCAAUAUUUGAUGGAUUUUCUUGUGAUGUGCUGUGAAAAGAUAAGAAUGCUUGGAGUAGCUCAAGCUGAGUAUAUCAUCGAAACAUUUGAACUGGAAGAAACUGAAGCUGAAUAUGGUCUUGAUCGAGAGAGCCUGGGAACACCUUGUGAUACUCCUCGGGGAUCCCGCUAUGAAAAUGUGAUGCAUGUUAUCUCUUUAUAUCCUGCAAUUUGGGAAAUUCUCUGUAUGAUUGGGGAUGAGCAUAAUGGCAUAAAAUCACUACGAGCUCAAGAGGUGUCUUAUGCAUUCGAGACAUUUGAGUUUGUCUUUAUAGCACACUUGCUGCAAACUAUAUUUGAGUAUACAGAUGGCUUAUGCAGUGCUUUGCAAAAGAGGGAUCAAGAUAUUGUUAAUGCUAUCGAUCUUGUUAGCGCGACAAAGAAACGGUUGCAGUUACUGCGGGAAGAUGGUGAAUGGGAAAGUUUUCUUCAGAAGGUCACCUCUUUUUGUGUGAAACAUGACAUCGAACUUGUGGACAUGGAUGGUUUGUAUGACCCGAUCGGGAGAUCUCCAAAGUUCUACGAAAAGGCCACGAAUCUUCAUUACUACCACGUUGAUAUGUUUUUGGAUGUAAUUGAUAGUCAACUUCGAGAACUUGAUGGCAUGUUUGAUGAGGUCAACACGGAGUUACUGAUUUGCAUGGCAGCAUUCAAUCCCGCCGACUCAUUUGCUGCUUAUGAUGAGGAAAAGCUGGUUAAGCUUGCCCACUUUUAUCCCGAGGAUUUUUCACAGUCUGAGUUGUUGCAUCUUCCCUUCCAACUUUCAAACUUCGUUGAUGAUCUGCGUCUGGACAAAAGGUUUAGGGAAGUGAAGACUCUUGCGGGGCUUUCUAUCAAGCUUGUUGAAACAAGGAAGGACCGUGUUUAUCACAUUGUCUACAGGCUUCUCAGAUUGGUGCUAAUCCUUCCUGUAGCGACUGCAAGUGAUGAGAGGGACCUGUCUUCAGUGAAUUACGUGAACAAUAAGGCGGUAAACAAGCUAUCGGAGCAAUGCGCGAAUGAUUGCUUGGUUACAUGUCUUGAACGUGAAACCUUUGGGCAGGUGGACGAUGCCAUCAUAUCUCGCUUCCGAGCUGUGAAUGACCGCUAGGAUGUGUUGUGAUUUUUAUCUACUAGUUUGAAUUCUCUCUGUAUCAGUUGAACGAACGAGCCUUGAACCUUCAUGUUUUCUUUACUGUUGAGUAGUCUGUGAACCUUUUAUGUUACUAUGAACAAGCUGUCAGCCUUCAUGUGUAUAUCAUUUUGAUUAUGCUUACGUGUUUUAGAAUGUAACGUAUCAUAGAACUUUACGUG